GCAUAAAGGGAAACGCGACGCCCGUGAACGUGGUUCUCCCAACUACGGAAAUAUCUGUAGUAACCUUCGGUUAGCUAGCUUUGAAAUAACGCGGUCAGACGUAACGGUAACCGUUGACGUUACUUUAAGUUCCCUUCAUUGUGUAUUGUAUGCUGCUCUGGGUUUGUAGGAGCGCAACUCUCUCGUCUGACCCAAGGCGGUUGUUGGGGCUCGUUGUCCGCAGUGAUCGGAGACCCACUUCACCCCUCUCCCUCCUGAGCCAGUCGCUCCCCUGUCAAGCCGUCAUGUCGGCCAGAAAACGCAAAGCGACAUCCGCCGCUGCAGAGCCCAGUGCCAAGCAGCAGAAGAAGGAGGAGGGCGAGAAGAACGACGAGAGAGCUGCAGGCUGGCUGAAGGACCUCCUGAAGCAGCUCCGCAAGGAGAACAAGGAUAUGAAAUUCAACAAGAAGCGCCUCCGCUUUAUAUCUGACACUGAAUCGAUAAAGCAGGGCUCCCAGGGUGUCCUGUACUGGAUGCUGAGAGACCACAGGGUGCAAGAUAAUUGGGCGAUGGUCCAUGCCCAGCAGCUUGCUUUGAAGGAGAACCUUCCUCUCCACGUCUGUGUCUGCCUGCUUGUCCCACAAUCCGAACUGUCCACUCUGAGACAUUACAGCUUCAUGUUGAAAGGUCUGGAAGAAGUUGCAAAGGAAUGCAAAGCCCUGGACAUCCAGUUCCACUUGCUGCAUGGUUCGCCGGGGGACGUUCUGGCCGACUUUGUUGCUGAGCACAGCCUGGGAGCCGUGGUGACCGACUUCUCCCCCCUCAGAGAGCCGUUGCGGUGGUUGGAGGAGGUCAAAGCGACUCUCCCAAACGAAAUCCCCCUCAUACAGGUUGAUGCACACAACAUUGUCCCCUGCUGGGUCACAUCACCAAAGCUUGAGUACGCCGCCAGGACCAUCAGAGGGAAAAUCACAAAGCUGUUGCCAGAGUUUCUCACAGAGUUUCCUCUAGUAGAGAAACACUGCUGCACAGCUACAACAACUGCCAAACCGGUGGAUUGGGACAAAAAGCUGGCCUCGCUGCAGGUGGACCGAGCAGUAGGAGACACUGAGUGGGCCCGCCCAGGCACCGGGGGGGGGUUGGCCAUGUUGGAGUCCUUCAUUGAUGUCCGCCUAAAACUGUUUGACACCAAACGCAACGACCCAAACUCCGCUGCCCUCAGCCAGUUGUCCCCCUGGAUCCGCUUUGGUCACCUGUCGGCCCAGCGCGUGGCCACGCAAGUUCAGAGCAGCGGGAAGUCUGCAGGUCACUCCGUCGCCUCCUUCAUCGAGGAGUUGGUUGUGCGCAGAGAGCUGACUGACAACUUCUGCUUCUACAACGAGAAAUAUGACAGCAUCAAGGGUGCGUACGAGUGGGCUCAAAAGACGUUGAAAGACCACGCUAAAGACAAGAGGCCGUACCUCUACACGCGCGAGCAGCUGGAGGAAGCCAAGACGCACGACAAGCUGUGGAACGGUGCUCAGUACCAGAUGGUCACCGAGGGGAAGAUGCAUGGUUUCUUGAGGAUGUACUGGGCCAAAAAGAUUCUAGAGUGGACGUCCUCACCGGAGGAAGCGCUCUCAAUCGCUCUGUACCUCAACGAUCGCUUCUCGCUGGACGGCCAGGACCCCAAUGGCUUCGUCGGUUGCAUGUGGUCUAUUUGUGGCAUCCAUGACCAGGGCUGGAAAGAGAGGGAGGUUUUCGGGAAGAUCCGCUACAUGAACUACAAAGGCUGCCUGCGCAAGUUUGACGUAGCCGCGUUUGAGAGGAAAUACCGGCCCAAGAACCACUGAGGCCUAAAAACGGGAAUACGGCGCCGACGGCUUGAAUCCCUUACGUCUUCUACCUCGGGGACAUUUUUAAGGGCGUUCUUGCAAGAUGCGUUGUUCUUCACUGCUUGUUUGGUCCAAAACGGGUUACAAUGAAGUGCUAAAUCCCCUGUUCAAAGCACAUCACAUGCAGGGGCUUCUUUGCUGACAUAGAUCAUUUUUUUAAGGAUCCAUGGUGUCUAACAUCUAUUAAGAAGAAAGAGCAAAUUAUUUGCUUUCUUUUAUGUUACUUUUUAUUUGAGUGUUCUAGAGGGGGGGUGGUUACCCAACGAAUGCCUUGUUUGAUAGUGUUGCAACAUACGAUGUAUACAACUCUGGAUGUUCUUUUUAGAGGAUCUCUCGUGGUUUGAAUCCUUUUUUAAACAACCUCUUUUCAUACCAAACCUUUUUCUAUUCACUCAUAUAACAGUUCCUUUAUUCGUUAAAAUGUCUGUAUUUGUAAAUACAUCAUAUUUAGCCUUUAAAAGACUUGUGUGAUUAUUCGCUAGUCUAAAGAAUACAUCUCCUCAUAAUCCCUUUGAACUGAUUGCAUUAACAUUUUCCACACUGUGCUCACCGAAUUCUUCCAAGUUAAUGGUACUCUGUGCUUCAUGUUGUCGUAUGAAAGCACUGACUGCUGGGAUGACAAAUAUAAGCGCGCCCUCGAAUGAAUCCCAUUAGACGACACUUUUGAUGUGGCCUUCAAACGGGUCGUCUGUGCAGGCGUGGGGGUGAGCGGCGUAUUCUGCCGUGGGGAGGCGAGCUGUGGGCAGAUUGCGGGUCAUUAGCGUCCAUGUGGCACACCGAUGACACUGUGUCGUUACAACCUGAUUUGUUAUUAUCCAUCUGUUAGCUCAUCUUUGUUCC